GUGACUGAAUUGGCUCCUCUUGGCUGUCUACUUUCGCAUUUACGGGCCAAUUCCCUUUUUUGUGGCCGUUCCAUCGUCAAUGAAGACCCAGACUCCAUCCUCAAUCCUCAUCCUUCCACGCCUAUUCCUCGGGCGUUCCUUGCCGACAGUCUUUGGGAUAUGGGAAUCCAGCUCGCAUGUGGAAUGGCAUACUUGGCAACUCGACACUUCGUCCAUCGCGAUCUGGCUGCUCGAAACGUUUUACUUUUCGGCAGUUCAAUGUCUGGCUCUAGAGGAUAUCCUCGAGUUAAAAUUGGCGACUUUGGUCUUGUGCGCCGGACAGGCGCAAAAU